AUGGGCGAAUCUAGUACACCCGACCAACUCGACCUAUGUAUCGCGGUCGAUUUUGGUGCAACCCAUACUGGAGUCGCGUGGAUGUCGUCAAAACUUGAAGACGAAGAUAUCCACAUCUUUAGAGACUGGCCCGAGGCAGACCCACGAGAGCCAAAGGUUCCGACUCUCUUGGCCAAGGAGCAAACUGGGAAGGGGACAGAUUGGGGGUUCCCGUGCAAACAUGCCGCAAUCGAGAAGUGGAGAGGUUUUAAGAUAUUCUUGGAUCCUAAUGAGCUCACGAUGGGCCACAGGAGUGGCUCUUAUCACGCGCCAAAAGAUUCGAGCGAAGUUGAUCGAAUUGUCACAGAGUAUCUGAGGCACGUUUAUCGCCAUAUCAGUGUCAGAAUCCCGGAUGAUGCUACUCGCGCAUCCCUUCCUGGAGAAGGGUGGAAAGACUGGAAAGUCUGCUUCAUCUUCAGCGUCCCGACGACCUGGCAUCCAGAACAGACCAAUCACUUCCGGCAGCUCGUUCGGAACGCUGGAUUUGACCAGGUGGAUCAACACAAGGUGGUGCUAGGAUUGACAGAGGCCGAGGCCGCAGCUGUCGCCGCCGGCGAUUUGGACCUUCCUAUCCAGAAGGGCGAUGUCCUCUUGACGGUAGAUGCCGGCGGAGGAACAACUGACUUCGCCUUUGCUAAGGUUGCAGCCGCCAAACCACUUACGUUUGAGUCCCUCGAGGCGGAAAAGGGUGUUGCGAGGGGCUCUUUGACAAUCGAUACCGAGUUCGAACGGCUCCUUGGCAGGAACCUGCCGGGAAAUGCUGCGCAGAAAGUGACCGAAAGCGACGGUUUCCGUACGGUGAAGCAUAAUUUCGGACAAAGGGACCAUCGAGCAGAAGAGUACAGUCUUGCGGUGAGCAAAGACAUGGGCGAUUCCUCCUUCGGCAUGUUUACUCUGAAAGGCGGUCAUCUGUUCUUUAAACAUGAGGUUAUGCAGGAUAUUUUUGAUGACAUCUUGAUGCGCAUUGCACCGAAGAGGACGGACGCACUGGAAAUGUUCGGGGGAAGCUACCCGGACAAUGUAAAAUAUGUUGUCCUAUCAGGAGGCCUUGGGGGAUCUGCCUAUGUUCUCAGGAACUUUGAGGAGUUCUUUGCGAAGGAAGGGGAGAAGAGAGAAUGUGAGGAGGGGGACCCCUUCAAUGGGAAAGAAUAUGUCACAGAUCAGAUUCAAUGGCUCAUCAAGAAGGGCACAAGGUUGACUGUUGGUGACGAAUUCAGUCAUACCAUCGAAAAACGCUUGGGUUCUGAUGACGUGGACCAAGAGGGUUGGUCAGAGAAAAUCGUUUAG